UCUUAAUGAAGGAGAAGGUACAACUACAACAACAAGUAACAGUACCAAGAUAAGGAUAUGCACCGAAGCGAUGGGGAGACCGGGCACGAUCCGACAUGAUGUGAACAACGGUGAUCUGGUCCCUGCAGCACUGGUUGAGGAGUUCGUGCGUUGUUUUUUGACCCCAGCAAUCCAAUUUGAGGAUCCGAUUUCCUUGCAAGUAAUGGAGGAUCCUAGCGUUGCUAGUGAUGUUAAGGCUUGUUGGAACCCUAGUAAAGAUGAUUCAUCUUCAGUAGAUCUAGAUAGUACUUAGUAGUACGUCUUAUUGGAAGAGCUGUCGCUGUCCCAUAACUAAGCAGGGGACCACGAGAACAGGUUCUUCAUCUUCAAGAUGCUCUUCAGGAUGAUUUUGUGUAAUAUAGCAAAACAGGGACAACUGUUUACAGACACACAUGUAAGGUCUAAGGAUGGAUUUGUCUACGAAAGAGAGUCCCUGGAAAGAUGGCUUCAGCGUAGCGACCGGUCGCCCAAUACGCGCGAGCAAUUGUGGCAGAUGACGGGGAAUGGCUUGCCGUGCGUGCCAGUGCGCUUGUUGAAUUAA